AUGGAUGACUAUAUCGCGCCUACCGCCACGCCACGCGAUGCCGUGGAAGGGGCGAAGGAGCCAUGGCCCUACGCGGACUUUAUCCAGCCCCCAUCUUCGCAACGAAUCAUGAGCUACACCAAAUUCAAGAAACUUCUUCAGAUUCGCAAUAAACGGGAGAAACGAAUGGCCGCCGCCAGCGCGGCGGGUAAGACGCAGGUCGCGAAUAACCCUGCGAAUCCGCCCGUGAAGGUCGAACACACCACCACUAAGGAAAAGCGAAAGCACGGGAUGCCUAUGCGGGAUUCUUUGGAGGUACCUUCCAACCCGCCCAGCGUGAGCGGCCGCCAUGCCGAAAAGGAAAUCCUUUCCCCCCCACCCCCGAAGUCUUUGGAAGACAACAACGGGGAAGAAGGCGCCGAAGUACGACAUUUUAGGGCGCGUGAACCGCAAUCCCCGGCGGAGCCCUUGCGGGAGGAAAAGGCAGCGGUGGGGGAAGAGGUCAGGGGCGAAUCCAACAAGUCCACCCCCGCAAUGGAGACGAAAAACGAGCUCGCACUACCGCCAGGAGAGGGUAAAUCCACCCCCAACCUUUCCAAACCAUCCACCACGACAGUGAACGAUUCGCAGGCUGCCGCGGGGUUGUCGGAGCCGAGGGUGGGGCGGCAUUUCGCUCCCAAAUUAUCGCGAAGAAAGCGCCGGGAGGUGAUGCCCGCUUCACCGGUGGAGCCCCUCAACGAGGACGCCAGCGCGGCUGAGGUGGGGGUGAUCCCUUUGAUGGGAAAGGGCGAAUUAUACGCCGCCGUGAAGGCGCACGCGGCGGGGAAGACGAAGGUGGGGGAUAUAAAACCCAUAGAGAAUAAUAUGAGCGCUUUUGUGGAGGAAAAUGACAAAUAUGAGGCGGAAGAUGCGCUCGUCAGAAAGUUUACACAAGAUUUGGAGACGACCAUCCCGGGGUUGAACACCAAUGGGCAGAGCCUCUCUUUUUCAUCGGCGGAGUCCGGCAUUGUAGAGGCUCAAAGUGACGAUAAAGCCAUACAGCCGAACCCGGCCGUGAAAACUGACCGAGAGGGGUCUACAAUAAAUUCCUCCGAGAGAAAAAGAAGGGCUGCGCUGCGGCGGAAACGUGAACAGCGCACUCGGGAGCGUAUUAAAGCGACAAUAUUACGGCUUCAACAACGGAUCCAGGAGCUUUCCCAACGCGAACCGGCUUGUAUUUCCCCACAAGAUUCGCCUGAAAUAAAUACCCUUGAAGAAGAAACCGCCCCUGCGCAUUUUGAGUGCGAUGCAUCCGAAGCUGAGGAGGAACUUUGCGAGAAUGAGGUUGACGUCCCAGCGGACGAAGAGGUUAUCGAGGAAGCAGAACUGGAUGCAGAUUCCGAGCCUAAUCUUGAAGACACCUCCGCGGGGGAAGAAGAAAUCGCAAACGAUCACCUCGAUGAUGAUGUGGAGGAGAUCCCCGAUAAACUCGACGCGUCUGAGCUCCCGGAGGACCCUCACACGCCGUCGAUGGCCGAUUCUACGGCAUCGCAAGACGACCCCGCGGUGGCGACGGCGGAGGCCGCUCCCGAGCCCCUCCCCAACGACGCCGGCCCCACUUCCGAACUCGCCGAAGAGAUAAAUGACCCCUCGGAAGGGCCGCCGGAGGAGGCGCCGGGGGCCGAGCCGAUCGAGCCCCCCGCGCCACCCCAAUUAAUCGCGCGAAAACGCCUGACCCGCCACCGCGCCUUGGCCAAUGCCCGUCGCCAGCGCCGUCUAAACGCGGCCGUGAGGAAGACCGACGAGCCGCGGCCCGAGCCCGAAGUGGCGGCCCCGGCCGACCUUUCCGGAAGCCCGGAAUCCCGCUUGAAUCCCCCGACGUUGACUUUUCCCGACGGCAGGGUGGUGUUGGAGAACUUCACGGACGGGGAGAUGAUCGUCCGGCGCGACUCGACGGAGCAGCCGUGGGGGAUUGGCCUGCGCUACGACUGGUCCGCCCGCGCCCUGGCGGUCGCGUCCUUCCCGACGUUCCCCGCGAAUGACCCCCGCCUUCAACACGGCUUUAUUCAACGCUACCACAACCGGCCGGUGUGGUAUCUCAAAGAGGUCAACGGCACGAGCGCCACCAAUCUGAAGUCGGUGAUGGAGGUGUUAUCCCGUACCCUAACCGCACGUUUUGUAUUUAAACGACUCUGA